GCUGUUAAUCUUCUCAAAUCAGCUGUUUUCUUCAGCAGGAACUCUCCUGCUCACAUUAAGUCCAGAGUUUGUGCAGUGAUGAAUGGUAUCUCUUGCCACAGAUCCACCAAAUACUUGGGCUUACCCCUGGGUAUUGGGAGAUCUAUGAAAGAAGUCUUCUCCUACCUGGUGGAAGCUGUCAAAAUGAAACUUCAAGGCUGGAAAUCUAAAUUACUUUCUUCUGCUG